AUGAGCCCUUUGGGGUUCCAAGGGUUUGAUGCAGCUGGACUUCUCCAUAAGGGUGAGGCGCCAACCACUUUCUUCCCUGGGUUUCCUAUGAGAGUUAAUAGAGGAAAGGGAGAAUGGACAGAUCGUUUGCCCAACGAGUAUCCCUAUUACUCGUACAAAUUUCUUUUGGUUUUUACAGUGGCUUCCGUUGACUCUGUCAUAGAACUUUGGGCAAAGGCUGAACACGCUGCUAGAUAUUUUGUAAAGCACUGGGCUGGGCUUUUCCCAAAGUUUUGGGUAAGUGGUACUCUAUUCUACAUUGACUAG